AUGCAGUCAGGAAUAUCAGCGUCGAAAGAGUUGCAGGAUGCAUUCAACAACCUCGUGUCCUCGUCGUCACAGCGAGGCCUCCUCGCAACCAUAAAGAACGAAUCCCUCGUACCCGUCGAAACCCUGCAAGCCAAUGGAGACUUCCGCAGCGAUCUGUCUGGUCUGUCGCAACACCUCACCAAAGACGAAGCAAGAUACAUUCUGCUCAAGCAAGAUGGCUCGGCAGCCGACGGUUACGUCGCCGUGACAUACGUCCCCGAUGCCGCCAACGUACGCCAGAAGAUGUUGUUUGCCUCGACGCGUCUGACGCUGGUGCGUGAAUUGGGAGUCGAGCGUUUCCGCGAGACUGUCUUCUGCACCACUGCUGAAGAACUUACACCCGAGGGUUGGGACCGUCAUGAGAAGCACAACCGUCUGGAUGCUCCUUUGACCGAGGAAGAGGCUGGCUUGAAGCACAUCAAAGAAACCGAGGCACUGGAGAGUGGAGGUACUGGCGGCAAGAGCUUGCCCAGUGCAGGCAUUGCCCUCAACCUGGGCGACGAGGUCAGCAACGCUCUUGAGAGUCUCAAGGAUUCUCGUGAGGGAUCUCUGGUUAUGAUUGUGAGUCUCCGUCACGGCGCGCUUUGUUUCGAGAAGGAACUAACAGCUUUGGCANNGAAAAUCGACGUGCCUACCGAGACGCUACACCUCGAUGCCUCGAAACAGGACAUCCAGCCCGCCGACCUCAGUUCCGAAAUCAGCUCGUCCGAACCCCGCUACUCAUUCUACAACUACCCUGGUCAACAAGGCGUCGUUUUCAUGUACAGUUGCCCUAGCAAGAGUAAGAUCAAGGAACGCAUGGUCUACGCCUCAUCACGCUCGCAGCUGGUUACUCUGGCAUCCAAUGUUGGUCUGAACAUCACAAAGAGACUUGAAGCCAGUUCACCAGACGAGUGGUCAGCGAGUACUCUGGCUUCCGAGUUCCAGGAGCANAAGGUGGAGAGCAAGGGCUUUGCAAGACCUAAGCGUCCAGGAAGAAGGUAG